AUGUGGCCCCGCUUCUUCGAGCCCUACAAGGGGGAUAUCCUCAUCCAGGAUGAGCACUAUCUCAAGUCCGGUCCGAUGUAUUUGGAUGAUGAAUUCCUCCAAUCGAACGCGGGCACCGGGGUACACUGCCUAUGGCAAUUGGCUUGUCAUGGCGUGUUCCCUCAGCGAGAGGAAUUUCCUCCAGGGCCGCGCUAUAGAGAUGUCGGGGAUUUCACCAAUUUCGGUCUUCUUCUGGAGAAUCAGGCGCCGCGGUGGCAAGUGGAAGUGGUCUGGGACGCAGCCAACGGACAGCAUCCCCAUCUAAAGGUUAUGGUGAUUCACGAUACCGAUGGGAAGGAUGCGGACCAGCAGCUUUUACGUGCCGAGCUGCUGACUCUGACUACGAUCAUCAAAGCGCGCCUGACGCAUAAAGCGACUCGUGCGUAUGCAGAUGCCCCGGUGCUGCUGUUUUCUUUCUUGGACUCCCGGGUCCGGGUCAUGGAGGCAAACUUUGACGGAAAGAACCUGAUUCUACGCUUUUCGCGGCUCUACGACUUCCGGAUCGAGGCGGAGGAGCAGUGUUCACUCGUGGUCUUCUUGACCAAGUGGUGGAUGGGUCAAUCGAUUGAUACAGGACUGCUUUGA